AUGGAUAAUCGAAACUCAAGUAUUGCGAUUCAUGCUACCGCAGCCGAUGCGCCAGUGUCGAGGAGCCAGGGUACUGGUGUGAAAUGGGCUACUGGCCGAAGACCCAAACUCUGCACGCCGAAAAUAGAACUUCGCAUUGGCACAUGGAACAUCCGAACUGGUCACCAUGUCGGACAAAAAGAAAUCAUCGCAAAGGAAUUGACAACCUGCAAAAUUACCAUCGCAGCGAUAUCGGAAUUACGAAUCACAGGAUCAGGGAUGAUGGUUGUCCAACCACUGGCCAUCGACGAUCAAAUGACACUUUUCUACUCAGGUGGAGACAAAAGAGAGGCAGGUGUCGGAUUUAUGGUUACCAGUCACGCGGCCAGGAGUGUGAUCGCAUUCCAACCAAUAUCCGACCGCCUAGCAGUCCUCACCAUUAAAGGCACUAUCAAAACCCACAUUAUCUCCAUCUACGCUCCAACAGAGACCUGUCAGGAUCCAGUCAAAGAUGAUUUCUACAAUCAACUACAACAAAUGCUGGAUUCCCUCCCACAGACUGAUGUGAUCCUCCUGGCUGGUGAUUUUAAUGUGCACAUCGGCACAGAUCGAACGGGAUGGGAAAACUCGAUGGGUCAAUUUGGACAUGGACAUAUUAAUGACAAUGGAUUGCGUCUUCUAUCCAUCGCCAACGGAUCGCAGACAAAUGUGCAACUCAAUGGUGUGCAGAUCGAGCAGGUCCAAAAAUUCAAAUACCUUGGGUCGCUGGUCCAGGAGAAGAAAGUGACGUCCACAGUAGAGGUCCACAGUCGAAUUGGUCAAGCAACCGCGGCAUUUGCUUCCCUAAAGUGGUGCCUGUGGAAGCAAACCAACAUCUCCAACAAGACCAAAAUUCGACUCUUCAAAACUCUGAUUUUGCCAAUUCUCCUCUAUGGAUCCGAGACGUGGACACUGCUCAAGCAAGACCUCAACAAACUCGAGGUCUUCCAAAUGCGAUGCCUGCGACAAAUCCUACAAAUUUCACUCCGAGACCGAAUACGAAAUGAGGAACUCUGUCGCCGAAGUGAUCAACAGCCAACAAUCGAGGAGCAAAUUCAACAACGACGACUACAGUGGUUUGGUCACGUCUGCAGAAUGGAAGGCGACCGGUUACCACACAAACUCCUCUGGUGCGAUCGACCCACCCAGUGGAGAAUCCAAAGAACGGCACCAAAGAAAACAUGGCUCAAGCAGGUCGAAGACGAUAUCAGAAACCGUCGACUCAGCCUCAAUGAGGCUAGAACAGCCGCCAUGGAUUGCCUUGCAUAG